UUUCAUCAUCCCCUAAAGCAAUUCAGCAAUCUAAGCAUCAGAAGGAAAAAAAAAUGGGAGCCUCAUUUUACAGUCACUUCCCUAAGCUCCUAGUCACUUUAAUUUCCCUCACCUUCUUCCUAAACCUUAGCUCCGCUGCCAGGCCUAUCUCGCCACACCCCAGCACCGAGUUCAUCAAAACAUCCUGCAGCUCCACAACCUACCCAAAGCUCUGUAUCAGCUCCCUCUCAACUCAUGCAAACCUAAUCCAAACAAGCCCUAAACUGAUAGCCCAUACCGCCCUCAAUGUGACCCUUGCGACUGCGAAAGCCACCUCUGUCAUGAUGGUAAACCUGUCCAAAAGCCAGGGGAUGAAGCCCAAAGAGGUGGAGGCGAUGCAAGACUGCCUGGAGGAGCUGAGCGACACGGUGGACGAGCUACGGAAGUCGAUCGGCGAGAUGGGUCAGAUUAAUAACAAAGGGUCGGAUUUUGGGAUGUUGAUGAGCGAUAUUCAGACGUGGGUGAGUGCUGCUCUCACCGACGAGAGCACCUGCAGCGAUGGGUUUGGUGGGAAAGCCAUGAAUGGAAAGGUGAAAACCACCCUGAGACUUAAGAUCAUGAAUAUUGCUCAUCUCACUAGCAAUGCCUUGGCUUUGAUCAACAGAUAUGCUUCCAUCCAUGGUUAGCUUUAAAACCAAAUGAGGGAAAAGGUGCGGUUAAUUAAUUUUAGAAAUGUAUGGGGUCAUAGUGUAUUGUUUUCUAAUUAAUCUUGUUGUCACUUACACAUUUUGGUGGCAUUUAAAGAAAAUAUAUAUGUAGUGUGAGGGUCGUUAGGAUUGGAGUUCGUAGAAGCUGUUAAAUUGUAAAAUGUACUGAUUUGUGGUGAAUUAUAAAUGUAUACUAUUACUAAUGAUUA